UCCAGCCUCAAAGUGAAGACACUAGAGACUUCUCCCUUCAGUCCGCUCAUUUGCCGCUGUCACCUCGAACCGUCCACAACUGCGGGGGAAGAAAGCAGCAGGGCGAAAAUGAUAAUUAACUCUGCACGGAAUAUUUCGCAACUUUCAGCCAACUGACGCACCGCAGACAAACCUUUUACCACAGACGCAUCUCCAAAAUGGCCCAGCAGAACCUCAGCUGUCAUUAUAAUGAGUCCAUGGUCUUCUUCUACAACAACAGCGGCGCAGAGGAUAAAUGGGACAAAGCGCAGCUCAUUCUGGUCCAGGUGGUGGGUUCUCUCUUCUGCUGUUUCAUCCUGGGGUCCAAUGCCAUGGUCAUAGCUGCUGUCAUCACCAACAAGAGGUUCCACUACCCUUUCUACUAUCUUCUUGCCAACCUCGCCGCCUCGGACUUCCUCGCUGGCAUAGCGUACGUGUACCUCAUGUUUAACACAGGUGAGGCGUCACGGAGACUGACAGUUAAAGGAUACUUCAUCCGCCAAGGUCUUCUGGACGUCAGCCUCUCGGCCUCACUGGCUAACCUGCUUGUUAUAGCUCUGGAGCGCUACAUCUCCGUCAUGAACUGGAAAGUCCACAGCAACCUGACUAAGAGGAGGGUGACCCUGCUGAUCGUGCUGGUGUGGGCCAUCUCCAUCUUCAUGGGGGCCGUGCCAAGUCUUGGCUGGAACUGUAUCUGCAACCUGGGUGACUGCUCCCAGCUGGCUCCCAUUUUUAGCAGGAGCUACCUUGUCUUCUGGUCAGUGUCUAACCUGGUAGUGUUCUUGGUGAUGGUGGCCAUCUACAUGAGGAUCUACAUCUACGUCAAGAAGAAGACAUCCGUGCUCAUGCCACACACCAGUGGCUCAAUCAACCGCAAGAGGACGCCCAUCAAGCUCAUCAAAACCGUCAUGGUUGUGCUCGGGGCCUUUGUGUUCUGCUGGACUCCAGGCCUGGUGGUUCUGCUGCUGGACGGCCUCAACUGUACGAGUUGUAACGUUAUGAAAUUAAAACGUUGGCUACUGCUCCUGGCUGUACUCAACUCUGUCAUGAACCCCUGCAUCUACUCCUACAAGGAUGAGGAAAUGUGGACAACCUUUAAAAACCUCAUGCGCUGCAUCGGCAAUGGCACUCGACGGCAGCGGUCAACAAGGGCUAACGCCAGGCCACUCAGCUCUGCUCAGGAUACGGGCAACAGCCAGCCUCCCUCAGAGGAGACUAAAAAUGACGAUCAGGGCAUACUCAAGACCUGAAAAUGGAAACUGUUAAGAAUUUCUUAGAACUUCUGUCCAGCUUUGAGUGGACGUACCUUAUGAAGAUUGGAGUUGACUUGAAAGAGAAACCACAGUUGGUCUCAGGGGACAUCAUCUUCAGAUUAAAAGUGCUUUGUUGAAGAGACUCUGCAGGCCAACUGCCUCCAGUGUGGAGCUGGAGUUGUGGUGAGAUGGAAAUGAGGAGACCUUGAUGCACUAUCAAGUCCCCAGAUGGAUGCAACAAUGUGCUUUUUCAGUUUUGUCAGGAUUUCACAGUUUUGGAAACUGCUCCCAUUUAUGUUUAAUGGGACAUUCAUUCCUGUUGCUGUUUCUUCCUGCUUCAGUUUUCUUCAUCACAUCCCUGUGGGCUAUUUAAACUUGGAUGAUUCUGCACUCCAAUGGCUGAAGAAAGAAUCCCGUACACACCGGUACAUUUCCACUUUUACCUCAAAAAGGGUAAAAAAUUAUGCUAAGAGUGACUUUAUUUCCUCCCUAAUACAGAUUUGUGUACAUGUGAUUAAAUUAUCCUAUAGAUUUACUUCCUUUGCAUCUUUGAGGAAGCAAUGGAUGAACUUAUUAAGAAAUGGUGCUUGUUUAUAGUCAGGUACUAUAAAAUUGUAGGAUUGCUUAGGAGGCACCAUUUCAAUGAUUAUUUCCUAUUUUUAAACACAGCCAGCGGGAAAUACUGUAAACUGCAGUACUGUAAUUAUCUACCUGUACAUCUUCUAAGAUGCUUUCAAGACGAGGUGAAUUAACUUCAGCUGUAUGACAGUUAGUACCUGAUUAUUUUGUGGUUUCAGCUUUAUAAAACCACACAGGGCUUUCUUUUGUAAAGCAACUUUGCCUCAGGGGAAUAGGUUACAGUCACUGCUCUCUUGUCCCAUCUGUCUUCCUUUAUCAGCUCAACUACACAAACAGAUAAACUCCUGCCUGCAGCAUGUCAUGGAGGUGAACUCAUUCUCCCUGAAGCAUUUUUACACAUACGCUCAGACUCAGCUCUGGCUGCCGCUCAGGCUGCCGUUGCUCUGACGCAACAGCUGCUCACCUGAGAGGGCAGGGGUUGGAGAAUGAUGUUUCGACACACUGGAUUCCUGCUGGAGGUUCAGCAUACGUUGUGUACCUGCAGGAACCAAAGAGGAUAUGACUGAAGUAGAUUGUAGACCAGCCCCCUCCACCCUUACUCCUCAUCCCGAAGCUGCUCUGACGACUCCACUGCUAAAUCAUUUACAGGGUUCAAAUGACUCUUUUUCAACCUGCUGCCACUCCUGUCGUAAAGGACAUUACAUCAUAAAGCUAUUUUGUUUUUAUCUUGGGAGUAUAGGAAUGCCACCUGAGAGUGGUGAGUGGAGCAGUUUACAGCUCCAGUGGUGGUGUUUUUCUUUAUUGAACUGAAAUUUCUGUGUAGUCUGUGACUUUUAUACCUGUUGGAUAUUUAAAACCACAAAAAUUCACUGAAUAUGUGAGUGUGUUUAGAAAUGGCUUUUGGAAAUUCAUGUUUUUUUUAAAAAAAAAACUUCAAACAUGAUAACAUGUACAAUAUGGUCUUUUUUCAUUUUGAUAUGACUUGACAUGAUACAGAAACAGUAAGAAACAUACAGGGUAAUUUCGCAAUAAGGCUUGCAACAAUAUUACUGUAAAGAAUAAGGAUUAUUACUUUGACUAAGUAGUCAGUGGGAACCUCUAAUAUGAACAUCAAGUGGAAUAAGUUUCCCUCAAAGUACCAAAACUGGGCUAAAAAAUGUUUUUUGACAUUUUGAACAUGUUAGUUUUACCAGUAUGAGGGAGGUAUGUAAGUUAUAAUUAAGCAAAUAGUGUCAGAUAUUCUUUUUAAACACAGAAAUGUUUGUUAUAAUUUACAAUAUGUGACCUUUUCCUAUAUAUAUUUUUUUACAUUUUAUCAAUGCUGCAGACACCACGCACUUGGCACCUGUGUUAGCCAAACAGAGCCAUACUUGCAAAUCCUGUUUGACUGAGUCAUACUGAUUUUAGAUAAAAAAAAACAAACAAACUGCUAAUAACUGCUCGUAAUGGUUAGCCUAAAACAUUUGCUAGUGCAGAUGUCAGUGUACUAAUGAGCUACAAAAAACAAAACACUGAAAGGAUUAUCUGACACAUAUAUUACAUGACUUGUUUAUAGUUGAUGAAGUACUGUUGCUUAAGAUUCCUUGUGCUCAAGUGCCGCCACUUGAGGAUGAUUUUACUCUGUUUGGGCCAAUUAAUGGGUGACCUUUAGUUUCCUCUCAGUCACUCAGAUUAUUUGCCCAAGAGCACAAGGAAAAAAAUGGACUCUUGAGUGGUGGGAACAAGAUCCUCUUCUGAAUUAGACUGCACUGCACUCAGUUAUAAUAACAAGUGCACGAAAGUAUUAUAAAUAUAAAUUUACUACAGUUUUCUGCGAACAAUAGUAACCUACUUGCCCUGUAAGUUUCACCUACCUACCUAUGUUCCUCAUCUCAAAAAUGGUGAAAUGUUGUAGUCUAAAGGAAGUGUGAAAUACAUUUAAACAAUACAACAGGUUCUGUGGGUUAUUAACUGUAUAUUCUGUGCAUUUAGAUGUAAAUCACAGUCAUAUCCUUUAAAAGUAUGCUGUUAAUAUGUACUGCAUAUACGUAUUUCCACUGUUUUCCCAAAAAGCCUUUAAAUGCUAAGUUCUAGUUUCAAACCUCCCCUCUAAUUUACUCAAGUUGACAUGCUUGAAAUGCAAGCGUAUUGCUCAUAACCUUUCACUCUUGGCAGCCACGAACCCACAGACGUUUUUAUUUCCCUCAUACUGGAGGUAACCUGCUUUUAAGAGAUUCCUAAUCACAUAUUAAAGUCCUUUUAUGCAGUAAAAUCUUACACACCACUCAGGAUUUAAUCUCCGAAACACAACUGGUAUCCUUUGACAGCAGAAGAAAAGGUUUAACACUGUACAUUUUUACUCAUAAAAGUUUCAGGUUGAGGUUCGACUUGAUUAAAAUCAUGUGGUUUCCAUUAAGAACAUGAACAACAUUGUAGCGAGUACUGUAUGUCCUCAGCAGAGCCCUCUGCGGACCUGUCGUGACUGCUGCCUGCCACUCUGGUUUUGCAGUCCCAAAAAACAUGAACUGUAAACUGUGUGGCGGGCCUUUUUCUACAGCUGUGCUAUAAUUAUGCAUUCUUGAAAAGCCAAUUAAAUUUCACAGAUGUUCAGAAAUGCUGUCUUUUGGUUUGUUCUUAAUCUCAGGACAAACAGAUGUAGGCAGAGGAUAUGAUAUAAACAGGAUAUAAUGUUAUAUAAAUAUUCAUUGUGCUGUAAAGACAAGGACUCAUAUAGUAGAGGCCCAGUUCAAUUAUAGUAGUUAAAUUAUGUAUUAUGUAUUAUUUAUUUGCAGAUUGAUUUAUUCAGACGCAA